GCCAAUUGAACAGUGAUAUACUGUAGCACCAUUUACAGUUACUGUUUGUAGUGGUACCUCAUAUGAAUUGGAAUCUGUUGGUAGGCCUACUACCUGGAAUGGAUAGGUCUACAGCACUUUGCCCUUGUGCGUAGAACGCUUGCGCAGACAGGCAAGCUAUGUGAGUCACGAGAAAUCCGACUUGCCUCUCAACCAACAAGGCAGUCCUCCUGCAACAACGCCAUAGUCAACGGAGCACAAUUAUAUUAAAUUAAAGUGUUAUUGUUCCAAUAAAAAAAAGGAAUGAGUGCUGCGUAGAUUUCAGGAGAGGAGGGGGGGCUUUUCGGUUGCUCAACAUGGCUGCGCCCUGUGGAGAACAACAAGUGUAGAAGUGGCCACCCCAUUACAACAGCACAGCAGGUUGCUGGCAGGCUUUACCUUGAGAGGGGGGACAGUUCCAUAGGCAUCCCAGCAGCACCAUGGCAAAGGAGCAGCCGAAUGUGAGCGACCUCCUCCCGCUCCUGGAGUCGUCCGAUCUGCAUGAACUGGAUCAGAUCAAAAGUGUCCUCAAUGACCACCUCAGCACAGAGCGAGGAUCUGUGCUGCUCAAUGGCCUUGUGGAUUACUACCUUGAGACCAGCUCUCCACAGGCUAUACUCAUCCUUUGCUCUGUUAGGGAGCCUCAUGACAAGCACCUCCUGGACAAGCUGAACGAGUGCAUGGCCAAGCCGGCCUGUCGGCUGCCCACCCUUACCCUCCUGGGGCACGUUAUCCGCAAGCAGCCCCCCUGGAUGCACAAGAUAACCCGCUUCCCUCUGCUCACCUCCUUACUCAAAUGCCUUAAGACUGACUCUGACGUGGUGGUGCUGAUAACUGGAGUCCUAGUGUUGAUCACACUGCUACCCGUGAUACCCCAGGCAGGGAAGCAGCACAUAUACGACUUCUUUGACAUCUUUGGCCGACUGGCGUCCUGGAGCCUGAAAAACCCAGGGCAUGUGCACGGGGUGUAUCUGAUACACCUCCAUGCCAGUGUGUACUCCCUCUUCCACCGGCUCUACGGCAUGUACCCCUGCAACUUUGUCUCCUACCUGCGCUCCCACUACAGUAUGAAGGAGAACGUAGACACCUUUGAGGAAGUAGUGAAGCCGAUGUUGGGGCACGUGCGGAUACAUCCCGAAUUGGUCACUGGAACCAACGACUAUGAGCUGGACCCCUCCAGGUGGAAGAGGUUUGAGAUCCACGACAUUGUGAUUGAAUGUGCAAAAGUGUCCCUGGACCCCAAGGAGGCGUCCUGUGAGGAGGGUUACUCCAGCAUGCCAGACCACGUCUCCGUCCACCAUCACCCCCACCUGCGGUCCGGUCUCGACUACAAUGCCAGCCCCUACACCGACUUCCUCAGCAGCUUCGGUAGCUCUGCCUCUACCCCCCUAUCGGUUGGCCGACCACCUCUCUCCCUUUCCUUACCCCAGCUACCAGGGACCCAGUCCUCCCUCUGCAGUCCCCACACCUCUUUCCAUCAGAACCAACACUGUGAAGUCGACCCCGCUGGGAAUAAAGUGUCGAUGUGGAGUCCGUCCUCGGAUUGUGGAAUGACCACACCUCCCACCUCGAGGGGUAUCUCCCCUGCCAAUGUUCCAGAGCUAUCCCAAAGUGCCUCCCAUGCCCCCAGCCAAACAGCCAGCACAUCAGGUGGGAAAUGUCUCAGUCCUGCCCUGAAUCUCUCCAAUGAGUUUGAGCAUGUUUGUUCACCCCCCAACACAACCAACCAGCUGAAGCAGAAACCAAGUGGAGAGGCAGAGAGAGGCAACCCUGAGGUCAUCAGUAAAGGUGCUGCUGGUGAGAGUGUGAAGACCAUGUCGUUGACCGAGCUGUCGGACUUCAUCAAAGAGCAGGAUCUGGACAUUCAAAGGAUGGAGAACGAACAUGACGAGGAUGCCAUCACAGAGGAGCUCCUGAAGUUGACUGAGCAGAAGCACAAGGCAGACCGCUCUUUCUACAGCACUACAGAGACACUGACUGGGCCUCAGGAGAAGGAGCUGCUCCUCACCACCUCCAACCAGAGCCUAAACAAGGAGGCCCAGCGCCUGGUCUCCACACCCGACAAGAGCGAGUGCUCGGCGGGGGGAGGAGAUCAGCAGCUCCCCUGGUCCUUCCGGCCGUGCUUCACCCCCAUCGACAACCUGCUGACCGGAUUUAGCACUUCUCAGAGCCCCUACAGGGCUGAGGAGGAGGGGGGCUCUGGUCUGGCAAAGUAUGGCCUGUUCUCCUCCCCCAGUAUCUUCAGGGACCCUGUUAACCCCGUCUACGAGCCUCUGUUUGAGCUGGCCCUGCCCAGGGCUGCCUCUCUGUUUGUGGGGAGGAAGACUUCGGUGGCACUGACGCAGAGGGUCGCUGGCGACGAGGGGGAGAGGAACGCAAGCAAGGGGGAGGAGGAAGGGGACGAGAUGGCGGCAAUGUCCCCGCUGGAGGUCCUGGAUCGCCUCAUUCAGCACGGCAACGAGGCCUAUGAAAAAGUGCUCAAGAGAUUGCCCAUACCAAACAAGUCAGUAGACUGGACACACUUUGGAGGUAAACAACAGAGUAUGAAAGCGGAAGGCACCACACCGCUGGACGAGCUGCACACGCUGCGCAGUCAGGUGCUCCUGCUCCAGAACCAGCUCCUGUACGAGCGCUACAAGAGAGAGCAGCACGCCAUCCGCAACCGCCGUCUGCUCCGCCGCAUCAUCAACGCCACCGCCAUGGAAGAGCAAAACAACUCAAUGAAGGCCCAGCUGAAGCUACAGGACAUAGAGAUCCAGUCUCUGCAGGCCAGUCUGGUGGAGGAGCAGCAGCGCUACAGGCGCCUGAAGGAGGAUGGAGACACUGUGACGGCUUGCCUCCACAGUCAAUUCCAACAGCUACAGCAGGGCCAUGACCUGUACCUAUCCAAGGCUCAGAAGCUGCAGAGUGAGUUACAAGAAUGCCAAAGCAACAUGGGAGAGCUGGAGGCUGAGCUUCAGAAAGCCAAUAAUGAGGCAUACAACACUGGACACCAGCUCACCCAACUGUCCCUCAAGCUCACCAACAGUGAGAACCUCCAGCAGCAGAUGUACUUGUUGAACAAACAGCUGCUGUUGCUGGGAGAGACCAACAAGCUGGCAAUACAGGAGGUGCAACGCCUGGGACCGGAGAGCAGUAAGGGGCUGCAGAUGCUGCAGUCAUCCAUGGGCAAGGAGCAGGAGUGUCUGCGUCAGAGCAUGCUGCAGCAGACCCAGGGGCUGGAGGCAGCCCAGCAGCGCAUCGGAGACCUGGAGGCCCAGCUGGCCAAGAAGGAGCACCUCAUUCUGGAGCAGAAGUUGUUCCUGGAGGAAGUCAAAGGCCAGACCAAGGGCCAGCUGCAGGCGUCAGAGAGCAGGUACCUGGCCAUGCGACGGGUCACUCAAGUGCUGCAGACGGAGAUGCUGCAGCUCUACAGCCAGCUGGACGCCGAGAUGCUGACCACCAACCAGAGUCUCUCGGAGUCUGACACCAUCGUGCCCUCCAGCGCUCCUCCUGGCACUUCCAGGCCAAAUGGCAGCAGUAGCAGAACUGUGCCAACUGCUCAGGGCAGCUCUGACCGACGCACCCAAGCGUGGCCGCCUGGCAACGGAAGCACUUUACCACCCGGGGAUGGAGCUCAGUCCACUACCUCGGUGACCCUCAACGGCAGUCUGAAACAGCCCCCUCUCCUGUCAGAGAUGACCCCGACCCACCUGGCUGCCUUUCCGCUUUCCCUCUCCCCCGCUGGCACCCCCUUCACUGUGGGUACCUACCCCAGUGCCAAGAGCUUCCUGGGAAUGCAUGCUCGAGAGCUGUUUCGCAACAAAAGCGAUAGCCAGUGUGACGGGGAUGAGGACACCAAGCUCAGUAGUCUCUCUCACGGCCUGGUCGCCGGUGAGGAGAGCAGCGAGUCGACACAGAACGUCCAGUCCAGCCCAUUUCCUCUUCCCGCCACAGGCACCCCCCCCCAUUCUCCUGUUGCUGCUCCUCCAUCACAGGGCUCUGCUCAGUCUGCUUUGGCCCAGGAGCCACCCCCGUCAGACAGCCAGCAGCUUAGGGCCCACCACGGGCAGGGGGCAAGGCCUAGGGCCAGCGCUGCCACUGCCGCCCGCCAGAGGAGGAAGGAUCUGCGGAUCAUGGACUACAAUGAAACACAGCAGGAGCACAUCUGACGACGACGAGAGAGAGGGAGGGGUGGGGCAACAGCUGCUGAUGAGCUGCCACUGUAACAACAGAUGUAAGGAAAUAUCUCUAAAUGCAGUGUUAUUUUUGCUGUUUCCCCAGUGGACGGGCAAAUACAGGUUCAUACAAAGCUCUAUUAUAUAAAAAUAAAAAUGCCUUUCCCUAAGCAAGGGACAAUGAGCAAAUUUGGCCUCAUAAUUUGCUUUUUAAUGUAUUCUGUCUAAGGGCCACUGCUAUAAGUAUCCAUUAGGGGGAGCAAGAGUGAACAAAAAGUAUUCAACAGUGAACUUAACAUGGAUUCCUUAUGGCAAGUCCUAUCACACAGAAUUGGUCUAUUGGGUGUGUAAAUCUACAUAUUGAGGCUACGUCGGUCUGUGUGAUGUAAAACUAAUAACAGCAACAGGAAAACGAGCAAGAAUCUUUUGUUAGAUGUUUUAAUAAGCUAUUUAUUUAUGGUUUUGGCACACCCCAAUCUAAAAUGACCUGAACUUUGGAGGGUUUGGAGGGUCCUACUCACAAGUGCAAUACUUUUCUCAAAUGGAUUCAUCUUGUUUUUUUGCUGCUUGGUCAAAGGCCUCACAGCCUCAGCUUUUCAGAACACUUCCUGAGUUCCAUCACAUUUCCCUCCCCAAAACACUGAGUGCCUCUUGUUUUAACACAUAUAGCGCUACAAAUAGGUACUAAAAUUAUUGCAAUAAUCAGUUAUAAUUUGUAACCAGCUAAAGAGAAGCUUAAAGAGUAUCAAGUAACAAUGUUUUAUUUUGUCUUGUUGAUUCAAUGGGCAUGAUCCCACCAUACAAUGAAGUUUUACAGCAAUAAUGCAUCUUCUCUAGGUUCAAGCUAAAUCUCUAGCUCAGGUUGUUAGUGAGUGUUCCUGCAGUAGUGGAGGAACGUGCAGUAACACCCUGGACCAGAGCUAGUUAUUUCUCAUACAUUCUCUUAAGUUAAAUGUGCCACGUGGCAUCCAUCUGCUUUUUGGGGGUUUAUUGAUCAAGUUGACUUGGAUCACUGCAUUAUUUUGUCUAGGCUAGGGGCCUGAGAGGACUGUUCUUUUGGAUAUUCAGUGCCUUGAUGGCUGCACACAACUGCCAGAACUACUGCAGUGGGACUCUGAUGGCGCUCUUGAUGUCUUGGCAUUGAAGCUAUGCCAGGUAUAUGUCCCUCUUCAUAGAGGUCCUUCCUCACCCAAUGCCUUUAAAGUGAAUCGGGUCAUAUUGUAGUUCUAAACAUGGACAUAUUGUGAGUUUCUGUUGCCAUAUAGUCAAUCGUCAUCUAGGGUGACAAUCAUUAUUGUUCCAUCCCCUACUCAGGAUCAGGGCUUGCAAGCUAAUCAGUUAAGUCACAUAUCCAUUAAAGUCAGUAUUACCCAUCUCCAGCUGUUAUCCUCAAAGUGUGGUCUCUGUCCAAGAUCCUGGUGUCAAUUCAAGUGUUCCUUUUUUCCCACACAUCUUUUGUUAUCAAGCAUGUAAAUCAAUAUUAAACACCAUCGGAAUGAGGAAACUAUGGUACAGUGAAUCUGACGGUAUGUUAAGACAGUUCUGAUUACAAAUGUUCUGAAAACAAAAAUGGGAAAAAAUUAACUGAACAAUAUAAAUCAAUAGAAAUAUUUUG